GAAGAGAGAGAGAGAGAGAGAGAGAGAGAGGAGGCAGGCUGAUGUCAAGGACUUAAUCGUAUCCAAUAAAUGCUUGACGUCCAUAAGGGCACGAGUAGAUCUCCUCCUCCCGUCUCUCGCCGUCGACCGCUCGUUAAAGAAGCGAUCGGAAUCGAAGUCGAACGGUGUGUAAUCGUAUUUGAACGCCAGCCCUAACUCCAUAAACGGGUUGUAGCUGUAGGAGCUCAAUAAGAGGUGGAGAUUUGGCUUCAGCUCUGGGGUUUCUCCGUCGAUCUUGCAGGGGGAGGAUUGGAAUGAUUAGUGGUUUCUGUGGCUUUCUGUGGUUCCGGAAGCGAGAGCAAGUGGGUUCGAGGAAGGAUUUCUUUAUUCCAGGAAUGUUUCAUUUGCUUGAGAGUUUGAUGGAAGGUCUCUGUAGUCUGUGGGGAAAUAAAGCCCUUUGCUUUGGUUUUGUUUCCACUGCUGGAACCGCGCAUCUUGCUCUGAGUUUGAAUGAAAAGGUUUCGUUCCUUGCUGCUAUCGGUAUUGAUCUAUAGUGUGGAAUCUGUGGAACCAUGUUGAUCUAAGCAGAGUUUCAGUGUUAGCUGCUGUUUUUUUACAUUUUCGGGAAAAAAAUGGUGCCAUCAGGUUCUUCGACUCCCAUUGGUGGGUCUCAAUCAGUUAACCCCUCCCUUCUGAGGUCGAAUUCGGGCUUGCUUGGAGGGCAGCCUGGUUCGAUACCAUCGCAGCCACCUUUUUCUUCUCUGGUCUCGCCUCGCACCCAGUUUAACAGUAACAGCUUGCUUGGAAACAUAUCCAAUUUUUCACCUCUCAACAAUUCAUUUGGAAAUGGAGGGCCUAGUGGUGCGCUUUCUGCAUCGCCAAUGAAUCUCCAACAGCGAGGUGGUCUUGGUGGUGCGGUUGGUAUGGUCGGCUCUGCCGAGUCCAAUCCUCUGUCGUUCACCUCUUCGCUGGGUCAAAGCCAAGGUCAACAACAAUGCUUCCAGAACCCUUCAAACAGUCAGCUUGGGCCAGAUCAACUACAGUCUCGAAUUGAUGCAGUGCAGAAUUUCCAACAGCAGUUUUCAAUUCCUCAAAAUCAGCAGCAGCAGCAGCAACAGCUGCUUCGGGGAGGAUUGAGUAAUAUAGGACACAUGGGGCCUGUUAAGAUGGAGCCGCAAAUGGGGCCUGUUAAGUUGGAGCCGCAAAUGGGUCCUAACGAUCAGAUUGGUCCAUCACAGCAAUUACAAACGUUACGUGCCAUUGGUACGGUAAAAAUGGAGUCACAGCAGUUGCAAUCCUUAAGAAGCUUGGGCCCUGUUAAAAUGGAAGCUCAACAUUCAGAUCCUUCAUUAUUUCUGCAACAUCAGCAACAACAGCAGCAGCAGCAGCAGCAGAUUUUGCAGUUAUCAAGGCAAAAUAGUCAGGUUGCAGCUGCCCAGAUGAGUCUCUUGCAGCACCAGAGAAAGUUGCUAAUGCAGCAGCAGCAGCAGCAGCAGCAGCAGCAACAACAACAACAACAACAACAACAACAACAACAACAACAACAACAGCAGAUAGUUAAGACCCUCCCUCAACAAAGAAACCAGUUGCAACAGCAGCUUCUCCAGCAUCAUCUUCUGGGUAGACCUCCAGUGAAAUCUACAAUUUAUGAGCCUGGGAUGUGUGCUCGGAGGUUAACCCAGUAUAUGUACCACCAGCAGCAUCGACCACAGGAUAACAACAUAGAAUUUUGGAGAAAAUUUGUGGCCGAGUACUUUGCUCCUAAUGCUAAGAAGAGGUGGUGUGUUUCUCUGUGUGGAAGUGGUCGUCAAACUACUGGUGUUCUUCCACAGGAUGUGUGGCACUGCGAGAUAUGCAACCAUAAGCCUGGACGUGGUUUUGAAACUACUGUUGAGGUUUUCCCAAGGCUCUUCCAAAUCAAAUAUGCCAGUGGCACCCUAGAGGAACUCCUAUAUAUUGAUAUGCCCCGUGAGUAUCAGAAUGCUUCAGGUCAAAUUGUCUUGGAUUAUGCAAAGGCAAUUCAAGAGAGUGUCUUUGAGCAAUUACGUGUGGUGCGUGAUGGCCAACUACGGAUUGUUUUUAAUCCUGAUCUAAAGAUUUCUUCUUGGGAGUUCUGUGCUAGGCGCCAUGAGGAGCUUAUUCCUCGGAGGGUUAUCAUUCCUCAGGUUAGUCAACUUAGUGCUGUUGUUCAGAGGUAUCAGGCAGCAGCUCAAAAUGCAUCAUCAGGCUUAUCAACACAAGAUUUACAAAACACUUGUAACUCGUUUGUAGCAUCCACUCGCCAAAUGGCUAAAGCUCUGGAAGUGCCUUUGGUAAAUGAUUUAGGGUAUACAAAAAGAUACGUUCGUUGCCUUCAGAUAUCUGAAGUGGUUAACAGUAUGAAGGAUUUGAUUGAUUAUAGCAAGGAAACUCAAGCUGGACCUGUGGCUAGCCUGAGUAACUUUCCUCGGAGGACUUCAUCAGGGCUUCAACCCCGACAACCUGAGCAACAGCAAUCGAUCACUCAGAACUCGGACCAUAAUAAUCAAAGCUCUGUACAUGCCACCAGUGUACUGCUUUCUGCUGGCUGCAAUAAUGUCGAUGGAGAUAACUCUCUUAAUGCUGCUUCAUCUACCCAUGCAGCUACCAUUAUUGGCACCCUCCAACCAAAUUCCACAAAUACCAGGCAAGAAAACCAAAUGAAUACAGCGAACAGCCCUUAUGGUGGAAACAAUGUUCAAAUUCCAUCUGCCAGCUCAUCCAGUUCAUUAGCUCCAUCCCAGCCCAACCCUUCUUCCACUUUUUCUUCUUUGAAACCUGCUUCUAGUAACAACCCAACACCGACCUCUCAUAAUGCUACUCACUUGAGCUCCUCAUGUUCACCUGCAAGUUUGUCUGCCAUGCAACAGCCAACAGCACAGCUACACGAAAUGGAUCCAAACGAUCCCCAGAGCUCUGUCCAGCAAAUUUUGCAGGAGUUAAUGAUGUCUUCACAAUUGAAUGGUGUCAGUUCGUUGGGAAAUGAUAUGAAGAUGAUUAAUGGGAUCACACCAACAUUGAAUGGGGGAAACUGCUUAGUUGGAAAUGGGAUAUCCAACAAUUCAGCUAUGAGCGGCACAGGCUUUGCAGGUGCAGGUGGGAUUGGUCUAUCUGUUGCUGCUAGCGGGAUGCGAGCAGCAAUUGCAAAUAGUGCAAUGACCAUGAAUGGGAGGGUUGGAAUGAAUUACCUUUCCCAAGAUCCAAUAGCUAUGAACCACCAACAGCAAGAUAUUGGAAACCGACUGUUGGACAAGUUAGGAGCAGUUAACGGCUUCGACAAUCUUCAAUUUGAUUGGAAGCCCUCUCCGUAGAAGUGAAACAGAGAGUGGCAAUCAGCAAAUUGAGAUUUUUUUUUUUUACGUUGGGCAAGAGUGGUUUGGGCAAUUGAUGAAAUGGUCAGACUGCACAUCACCAAAUGUUCCUGUUCUUGUCCCGCGCUUUUGGAAGCCUUGCAACUAAUUUCUCCAAAGGAUAACACAUAAUAGCUUCUUUUCCUAGUUCUCGUUUCAUUUACAUGUCUUCUAACUGUUAUAUGUAAUGCUGCAUAUUGUGUAUCAUGCCUUCAAGGCACAUCUACCCUAUCAAUGGAUUCCCUGGGGGGAAAGCUUCUUGGUAUUGCUUGUA